AUGGCGGAGACCGAAGUCACAUUCCUCACUCAGGGAAUCAAACUUGAGACCCCUAAAUCAGGAACUUACACUGCCGGCGACAAAGUCAUUGGACUUGUCCACUUUGAUCCAUUGCGCAAGGAUCGUGUCACUGAAGUUGACCUAUCGCUGUAUGGAUCCUCGGAUCCGGACUGGGAUACUGAUGGUGACGACAGUAAAUCGGAAACUGGGCUGCUGACCUUGAAUAUCACUCUCUACAGCGGGGCGCCUGUUGUGCACAAGAAUUUCCCUUUUGAAUUCACAUUCCCGGCAUUGACAAACCACGCUGGUCCGUCUCAUGAAUGGGCCCCAAAUCACCGAUUUGAGCACGGCUACGGCCAUCCAUUACCACCGACAUGGGAGGGGGAUUUCGAUAGAAUUAGAUAUCGAUUGACAGCUCGCAUUGUCAGUGAAAGACGAGGGACUACCACGUUUACCCGAAAAAUCAAAUAUACACCAUCGAAAAAUGCAAGUACGGAUAGCUCUUGGAUAGGGUAUACAUGCACCCUUUUCGGCUUUUUCCGUUCUGCGCGUUUAAAUCCCACUGAGGGUUUGGAGGAAAUGGCUGCAUCGGAUACAGUUACUUCAAAUCAGGUCAUUUUUCGCUUUCCUAAGGUUUUAGUCUCGGGCGAAGACUUGUUAGGCUCAAUCAGCGUCCGAGCUCCGUCUUCAGAACAAUUGAAACUUUGGUAUCUGAUCGUGGACAUCAACCUAAAGAAAGGAAUUCGCACCCUGGGUAAUCCAGCAGGACAGAAGCCACGGCCUGCUUAUCGCCCAGCUAGGCUUCUCUGUUCGUUUUCGCCAACUAUCUUGCCCAAUGAACAGCCCACUGAUCUCCUGACUCUUUGCAAGUCCCUGUGCCCUGUUCCGCCGUUCUACACUUUCAAGACGUUCAAUAUAUAUGUUGCGGGAUACUUGCAAAUCAAAGCGCUAUUCACCAGUUCUUCCGGGAAGUUGUAUAGGCUCGCUAGUUCUGAUGUCCCUGUCAGUAUUGUCGGCCCACCUGGAUUUGGGAACAGCAUGGAAGGCGGAAAACCACGCCUGACAGACAAACCAUUUUUGAUUCCACAGAAAAAAUAG